AUGUAUCAUUUUGUUAUUUUAUGUAAUACUUAGGACAUAAUGAUGUCAACCAAUCCAACAACCCACCCUCCACCGCAUGAAGCCACACAGAAUCCUUAUCAACCACCUCCGGGUUUCAUAUACCUAGGGAACCAAGUUCAGAGUAACCAGCCUCACAUCAUCACUUCUCCAGGAAUCUUCGCUAACUGUCAGCAGGGUCAAGGAAAUGUACAAAUGAUAACUCCAGCCGUAGGAAUAGCAACCUCAGACUUUAAAGAGGAAGCGAAGACACUCGGGAUGAAAGGCAGCAAGGGAAUGAAUAUUGUUAGUGCUAUCUUCUCCUUCAUUGGAAUUAUUCUGUUUCUGGUGGACUUGAGCCUCAAUGGGCACCCCAACCAAGACUAUUGGGCAUUGAUUGCCGGGAGAGGAAUUUCAGCCAUGCUGAUGAUCUUCUCUCUCGUGGAGUUCUGCAUAACUUGUACCACAGCCCAUUUUGCCAGCCAAGUAAUCACCAGCACCCCUGGGUCUGUCCUGGUAUAUGCAAACAACCCAUGACACAAGGGCCUCCUUAGCUCCUCCCAGAAAUGAUGGCCACCCACCUUGUGCCCCUAAGUAGUAAAAGAAAAAGGAGCAUCGUGCAACCUCAUGCGGUAGAACUACUCAGCAGAGCGUUCCUAAGAAGCUGGCCUCUACUGUCCACGAAGACUGCAAAUCUUUAAAGACUGUGAUUGAGACUCGUUCUUAGA